UCCCCUAAAUACACGCCGUAAAGGCGAAAAAGCGACAUUUCCCCUAAAUAGCCGACGUAAAGGCGAAAAAGCGACAUUUCCCCUUUAUUUACGCUUUCGUCCCCUUUAUUUCCCCUUUUUUUCCCCUAUAUUGGUUGAUUGGGAGCUCCCAACUUUGGUGAAAAAACCCGUACUUAAGUACGUCUAGUUUCCUUCUUAUGAGUUCAUCUGAUGCGGUUAACCGCAUCAGAUACUAAUAUUGACAUAAAUUGUGGUGCUUGAGAAUUAUUUUCAUAUGAGCGCAUAGUAAUAUUUACUUGAGAACAAGUUUCUUUCAUAGUCAAGAUAACAUGUACUCUUUUCAGUAAAUCAUCAGUUAUCAAAUGCUGAUUUAAUUGUGUUUUUUUAUUUCUAGGCGGUACAGAUCAAGUAUGGUUCGUUAUUGGAAGCAUCGUGGCGCAAAAAUAUUCAAAAACAUCGAACCGCAUAUCCAGAAAUAUUUUCCUUAUCACAAGCCUGAGCUUGGAGGUACUUCUCCUCAGCAUGCUAGUAUAACGGGGAAAAAACCAAAAGUACCUUUCGACUAUGCGAUUGGGCAAAUAGUGCCGUUUUCACAAAGCUUAACGUCAUCAUUCCCAGACAUUGUGAAGGUCCGCUUGCACAAGCUCUGCUUGAAUCGUUUCCUGAUGAAGUAUUUUUAUCAAACAGCAACAUACUGGGUUCAUACACAAGGCUUUUUGGUCAACAUUGGAGACAUCGUGCUUAUUGAAAAGGCUGAUCCACCAAUGGCGUUCAAUACCAUGUAUAAACUUAAGAAAGUCGAGUUUCCGGUUGGUAAUCUUAUUGAUCCUGUCACAGGACUACAAUCCGAAGGUCCUGAAUAUUCCGUUGAGACACUGAGGUCUAUUCUGAAUCGAGAAAAUAAUACUUUGAAAAGUGUUGAAAACUAAACACAUUUCUAAUUUAUUUUGAGAUGAAUAAUUGCUUUUUUCAAUAUACGGGUUAAAGUGUAGCAACGUAUUGACUCUUGUUAAAAUAUAAUGCUCCUUAUGUUUUA